CUUUGCCGCUUCUCCUCCUGAAAACAAUGCAAUGUCCUGAUGAAGAAAUUAUUGCAAAGUUUUUUUACAAUGUCUCCAGUUCCUUUCAACUCUUCCUCAUCUUCUCUUACUUCACUUCCAUUUUACUUGCCAAGCUUUUUUAUUUUCUUGGUGGAAAUCCAUUUUUCUGGAGGAAUCGAGAAAAUGGAUAUGAAUUUGCUGAGUUUUCGGACGAAGAAAAUGAAUAUUAUCAUAAUGAUGCUGAAACAGGGCAGGAAAAUCAUUUUGUAACAGAAACAUUCAGGGAAAGUGAAACAUUGGUGUUCAUGCCUAAUGGAAAUGCUCAAGAAAAUCAGAUAUUUAGCUAUGCGAAACAGAGUCCAAAACAAAGUUGUGGCACUGACGAAGGAGACUCGGUUUAUGGUUCACCAGCUUCAAAAUCUGUUCACAGUGAUCAUGAUGAAGAGGAGAUUCUCAAUUCGGAUUCUUAUAAUUGUGAUUCUCAAACAAACGGCAUUAAUCAUGGAAAGUGUUAUAGGGAAAUGAAGAAACACAAGAAAGUUAAGAAGAGUAAUAAAUUACUCUGUCGAGAGGAAAAUUUCUUGGUUUAUGCACCAUCCAAGUUAGAGAGCAAGAAAAUAUUCCAAUUCCAAAAAAACGAGGAUAUUGAUGAAAUAUAUGGGGAUUCUUAUACUGUUGACUCCACUUCUAAGAGCUCCUCUGAAUAUAGAAACUCCAUUAAAGACUCUGAAGAUCCAUUUUCUUCCUCUUCAAGGAGAAGUUGCCCCAAAUGGGAGUCUUACACUAUCUUCCAAAAAUAUGAUGAAGAAAUGCUAUUUUUAGAUAGAAUCAGCACACAAAAACUCCAUGAAACAGAAUCACUUAGAUCCAUUCAAUCAUGUCCCAGAUCAAUAUCAGACAGGAUUGUCUAUAAAUUGGCAACAAAGAACAGGAAAUCAUCGGAUUUUCGUCAAAACCCGUAUCAUGAAUUGGAGGCUGCUUAUGUAGCACAGGUAUGCUUAGCAUGGGAAGCACUGAGCUGGAAUUAUAAAUACUUCAAAAGCCUAAGAGCUUCUCGUGAAGAAGAGGACCCAGGUUGUCCUGCAUAUAUAGCUCAGCAAUUUCAACAAUUUCAAGUGCUUUUACAAAGAUAUGUUGAGAAUGAGCCGUAUGAACAUGGUAAAAGACCUGAGAUUUAUGCUAGGAUGAGAAGCUUAGCUCCUAAGUUGCUUCAAGUCCCUGAAUAUCGAGAUUCGGAUGAGGAAAAAGGACAGGAAAAUUUUUGCUCAAGAAUAUCUUCAAAUUCAUUUCUUCGUAUAAUGGAAGAAGCAAUCAGAACAUUUAUGAAUUUCCUUAAGGCGGACAAGAAGAAUCGUUGCCAAGUAUUGGUGGCAGCUUUGUUUAGGAAAAACAAAAGAGGUUCUGCUGACCCAACUCUUCUCCUCUUGCUCAAGAAAGUAAACAAAAAGAAAAAGUCAAGGGUGAAAGAUCUACGCCGGUCAGGAAAAUGCAGUUUGGGAAAAAGAAAAUUAAAAGAAGAGGAAGAGAUGGAGAUAUUGAUGGGAUUAAUAGACUUAAAAGUAGUGUCAAGGGUAUUGAGAAUGAGUGAACUGAAUGAUGAGCAAUUGCAUUGGUGCGAAGACAAGAUGAGUAAAGUUAGAGUUUCUGAUGCCAAAUUAUACAGAGAUUCUUCACCACUUUUCUUCCCAGCCCACACUAGUUAAAUAGUAGUAAUUCUUCUGUAAAUAACUCUACAAUUACUAGAAAAAGACAAAUAAGGUUUAGAAAGUAAGUUGAAUGCAUGUGGGGAUGACAAGAAUAAUUGGUGGAAUUUGGAUAACUGAUUGUAUUUUCAAGAAACAAUUUUGAUUGUAGGUAGUGAAUAAACAAAGAGAACAUACAAUAUAAAUACAUGACAAGAGUAUUGUAAGUGGCAGAGUAACCUUACCGCCAUGAUGCACUAAAAUUCAUUCCCUUGUAGUUUCGAUUAGUCAACCAAAAAAAUAAAGAGAAAAAAGCAAAGGCAAAGGAAAAGGAUGGAUGAUGAUGUAGUGACAGGGGAUGUAGCUUUUACUUCUUUUGAAUAUUAGGGGUUUAUCCGAGUUGAAUUAAAAGGCAAAGCUGCACAUGUA